GCUGAAGGAUAGAUAAUAUAAGGCCGGCCUUAACUCGCGUCCGUUUUAUUCGAAAAACAAACGUCUAGACCAUUUAACGUCGUUGAACAUCAUUAAACUUUGCUGGGACGUGGAGGACCUCUUUAUUCUAACUGACACACGAUGACUUCGCAAGAAUCCAAUUCCAGCUCGAUGCAGAAAGCGACCAACGUCGUGUACCAUCGGCCAUUGGUCGACAGGAACGUCCGUGGCAAAGUGAUUGGCACGGGCAAAUUCCGCGGAUGCACCUUAUGGUUUACAGGACUUUCCGGUGCUGGCAAGACGACGCUGUCCUUUGCCCUUGAAGAUUACCUUAUUGCUCGAGGCAUUCCGGCUUUCGGACUCGAUGGAGAUAACAUGCGUUUCGGCCUCAAUUCCGACCUGGGCUUUUCGGACGCUGAUAGAGAGGAGAACAUCCGACGUGUGGCCGAAGUUGCCAAACUUUUCGCCGAGUCUGGCGUCGUCACUCUUUGCUCAUUCGUCUCGCCUUUCCGCCUGGAUCGCGAUCGUGCGAGGAAAAUUCACGAAGAUGCCGGACUCCCGUUUUUCGAAAUCUUUGUCGACGCUCCGCUAAACAUCUGCGAGACACGUGACGUCAAGGGCCUCUACAAAAAAGCCCGUCAAGGCCAAAUUAAAAAUUUCACGGGGAUCGAUUCGCCCUACGAGAAGCCAUUAAAAGCGGAGAGUACAAUGCGAACAGGGGAGACAUCUAUUAUCGAAUGCACGCAACAAUUGGUCGAUCUUCUCGUUGAUCGGAAUGUUCUACCGCCGGCCGUUCAAGCCUCUGUUAUCGAACUGUUCGCUAAGGAACCGGCCAAGGCUAAAGCCGAAGCUGAGACAUUGCCGUUCCUCGAUAUCAGCGAGAUCGACCUUCAAUGGGUCCAAGUGUUAUCCGAAGGUUGGGCUUCGCCUCUCAAAGGCUUCAUGAGGGAACGCGAAUACUUGCAGGUGGUGCAUUUCAACAGCAUCAAUGAUGGAGCUGCGGUUUCCAAUCAGAGCAUUCCCAUUGUUCUCUCUACGUCCAGCGGAGACAAGGAAAGACUGGAAAAGAGCGCGGCUAUUACAUUACGUCAUCAGGGCAAGCCGGUGGCUAUUUUGCGAGCGCCGGAAUUCUACGAACAUCGCAAGGAAGAGCGAUGCGCGAGGACGUUUGCUACUACGCAUGCUGAUCAUCCGUACAUCAAGACGAUCCUGGCCAGCGGCGAUUGGCUGGUCGGAGGUGAACUGGAAGUCCUGGAGCGAAUCAGAUGGAACGAUGGAUUGGACGAAUAUCGUUUGACACCCACUGAACUCCAGCGCAAAUUUUUCGACAUGGGGGCCGACGCUGUUUUUGCCUUCCAGCUGAGAAAUCCAGUGCAUAACGGGCACGCCCUUCUUAUGCAAUUUACACGCCAGGCUUUGUUGGAUAGAGGCUACAAGAAGCCCGUCCUCUUGCUCCAUCCGUUGGGUGGCUGGACGAAAGACGAUGACGUUCCACUGCCCGUCAGGAUGGAACAACAUCAGGCCAUUUUGGAAGAGAGGGUCCUCGAUCCGGAAAACACUGUCCUGGCCAUUUUCCCAUCGCCGAUGAUGUACGCCGGCCCGACAGAAGUCCAAUGGCACGCCAGAUCCCGAAUGACAGCUGGAGCUAAAUUCUACAUCGUCGGUAGAGAUCCAGCCGGUAUGGCGCAUCCCGAUCCGGCCUUGAAAAAAGACCUUUACGAGCCGACCCACGGUGGUAAAGUGCUGACGAUGGCGCCUGGCCUUGUCGGCGUCGAGAUCAUCCCCUUCCGAGUCGCCGCCUACGACACCAAAGCCAAAGCCAUGGCUUUCUUUAAUCCCGAACGUAAAGAGGAUUUCGAUUUCAUCUCUGGCACUCGCAUGAGAGCCCUGGCUAGGUCAGGUACGCCACCACCUGAAGGAUUCAUGGCACCCAAAUCGUGGGAAGUCCUGGCCCGUUAUUAUCGUUCGCUUGUUAGCAGUUGAAGACCUUUUCUUUUCAGAUUUUGUGAGAAUUUCAUCCAAUGUCUCCGACCGUUUUAUGUUUUUAAAUUCUUUAUUUCAACUACCACAAAGGACAACAAUUGCGACCUAUUUCAAAAUGCAAAGAUACGUAUGUCUAAUAGUAAUAUCCAAACAAAUAAUUGUGAAAGAAAACAUUGAAGAUACAAAUAAAUAUUAUGCAAAUGA